AUUGUUGAUAACGUCCCUGCAAGGACUGCUAUUAAGAGCACGCUUCUCUGCUGCAGAAGACAGAGAGAGAUCCAUGAAUUCACAGCAUUUUAACCAUAUGAAAAUUUGCUCUUCCAGUAUGGGGAAAAAGACUAGGGAUAUAAGAGCCACUGGCAUCCUAUUUAACACAGAAAUAUACCGCUGUUCAUCUUUAUUUUUAUCCAUCUCAGUGAAGGAUUAAAGAACUGUUUUUUUUUUGUUUUUUUUAAAUUUUUUGUUUUGUUUUUCUCCACCUUCAUAAUGGCAGUCUUGCAUUGUUUGACCAGAGCUUGCUCCCGGGGAAGACAGGCUGCUGAAUUAAGCCACUGAUUACUUAUUAGCCCUGGCCCAAGGCUAUGCUGAGAUUUAUAUCCAAUUUGUAUUGUUGCAGCUCAAAAGAAGAAUGUUCAGAGGAUGACAAGUGUAUUCUGAGUAGAUCUUUGGUUGAGGAGGAAGAUCCUCACUUGAAAGUCUCUCUUGGGAACAACGAUAUGGGUGUGUCUGCUCACCUUCAGUCCUCAAAGACUGGGACCACUAGAUUCUUCACCAGCAAUACUCACAGCUCAGUGGUGUUACAGGGUUUUGACCAGUUAAGACUAGAGGGCUUACUUUGCGAUGUGACCUUGGUACCAGGUGAUGGGGACGAGAUUUUUCCAGUUCACAGAGCUAUGAUGGCCUCAUCCAGUGAUUACUUCAAAGCCAUGUUCACAGGUGGAAUGAAAGAACAAGACUUAAUGUGCAUUAAAUUACACGGCGUGAACAAAAUUGGAUUAAAGAAAAUUAUUGAUUUCAUUUACACUGCAAAACUUUCCCUAAACAUGGAUAAUCUUCAAGACACGCUGGAAGCCGCUAGUUUUUUACAGAUAUUGCCUGUGUUGGACUUCUGUAAAGUGUUUCUAAUAUCAGGGGUUACUUUGGAAAAUUGUGUUGAAGUUGGACGGAUCGCAAAUACUUAUAAUCUCACUGAAGUUGAUAAGUACGUAAAUAACUUUAUCUUGAAGAAUUUCCCACCAUUAUUAACUACUGGGGAGUUUGUGAAACUCCCAUUUGAUCGUCUUGCCUUUGUGCUUUCCAGUAAUAGCCUUAAGCAAUGUUCUGAGCUCGAACUCUUCAAGGCUGCCUGCCGAUGGCUACGUUAUGAAGACUCUCGGAUGGAAUAUGCAGCAAAAAUAAUGAAGAAUAUCCGAUUCCCACUAAUGACACCGCAAGACCUUAUAAACCAUGUUCAGACUGUGGAUUUCAUGAGAACUGAUAAUACGUGUGUAAAUUUGCUUUUGGAAGCUAGCAAUUACCAAAUGAUGCCCUUCAUGCAGCCUGUUAUGCAGUCUGAAAGAACUGCUAUUCGCUCAGACAAUACACAUCUGGUCACUUUGGGAGGAGUAUUAAGACAGCAGUUGGUUGUUAGUAAAGAGUUGCGGAUGUACGAUGAGAAGGGGCAUGAAUGGAAAGCUUUAGCUCCUAUGGAUGCUCCGAGAUACCAGCAUGGAAUCGCCGUCAUUGGAAAUUUUCUUUACGUGGUUGGUGGCCAAAGCAAUUAUGACACAAAAGGAAAAACCGCUGUAGACACAGUAUUUAGGUUUGAUCCCCGAUACAAUAAGUGGAUGCAGGUGGCCUCUUUAAAUGAAAAGCGAACCUUUUUCCACCUAAGUGCCCUGAAAGGUCAUCUGUAUGCAGUUGGCGGUCGAAAUGCAGCUGGUGAACUUGCCACAGUAGAAUGUUAUAAUCCAAGGACAAAUGAAUGGAAUUAUGUUGCGAAAAUGAAUGAACCGCACUAUGGCCAUGCUGGAACUGUUUUUGGUGGAUUAAUGUACAUUUCAGGUGGGAUUACACAUGAUACCUUCCAGAAAGAAUUGAUGUGUUUUGACCCAGACACUGACAAAUGGACUCAAAAAGCUCCCAUGACCACAGUUCGAGGUCUACAUUGCAUGUGUACUGUCGGAGACAAACUUUACGUCAUCGGAGGCAAUCAUUUCAGAGGAACAAGUGAUUACGAUGAUGUCCUGAGCUGUGAAUACUACUCACCAUCUUUGGAUCAAUGGACACCAAUCGCUGCAAUGUUACGUGGACAGAGUGACGUUGGGGUAGCUGUCUUUGAAAAUAAAAUUUAUGUGGUUGGAGGAUAUUCUUGGAAUAACAGAUGUAUGGUUGAAAUAGUUCAGAAGUACGAUCCUGAGAAAGAUGAAUGGCACAAAGUUUUCGACCUGCCAGAAUCGCUUGGGGGAAUCAGAGCUUGUACUCUAACAGUUUUUCCACCAGACGAUAACAGUUGUUCACCUUCUCGAGAAUCUCCACUUUCAGCACCUUGAGGACUAGAGAUACUGUAAUAUCUUUUGCACUGCAACAAUAUGGAUAUUUUAAUUAUCUGCUGGUAGUAUCAGCCGAACCUGACCAACUGGAAUUGGCAAACUUUCUUUGAGAGAGACUAUCACAUGAUUUGUACUAUUCAUUUGGCUUUGGGUAUUUAUCAAAAAUGUUAACAUUAUUAAAUCUAUUUAAAAUAGCCAAAUGUUUAAUAAAGCAAACAAAAACUAGUCUUUCAAAGUUGAAUUAGGUACGUAUGUAAUGUGGGAAAUAAAUUAAACGUCAAGACGCAAAUGUGGUGACCGUUAACUGUAAAACCACAGACCUAUUUGAUACAUUCUUUCCUAACUGCUAAUGAAAAUGAACAUUUUAUUUUCAAUUUGAAGAUCAGUUACUCUACCAUGAAAUGUCUGCUGCCCUAUCUAUAUGAGAACUUAAUAUGCCUCUUUAAGAACGCAAAGUCCCCUUGCCCCCUUGUUUAAAAUUUGGUGCAACAUAAAACAAACGUUUGUUAAAAAUUGUUGAUCAAAAUUUUCUUUUCUUAAGCUACACCACGUUUAGGUACUUAAUCUUUCAAUAGAGACAUAAAAUGUUUUUAUUUCUGCUCGUAAAAUGAAAUUAAGACCUGCUGUAUACAAAAUUCAUCUCAGAAGCUCCUUUUAUGAAUAUAAUUAAAAUAAGAACAAGACAUGUUAACAAUGAACAAAAUCAAUUCUCGUGGCUAAGAAUUCUAUUUAGUCUAAGGUCUCAAGCCCCCUCUCCUUCCUUUCAUGUUGGGGGAAAAAACAUGCAUAUGAUUUGUUCAAUGUAUAGUCUCUAUUAAGGUUAUUUAGCACAAAAUGCAGCUGGGGCUGGGAAGCUGCUUUUGCUCAGUGGACUGAAUCCCAUGUUUUAUCUUCCUUUGUUCAAUAAAAAGAAAUAACUUUUAACUGCAA